UACCCAAGGACACGCAACCGGAAGUCUGUACAAUUUAGCGCGCUCUUUCAAAACAAUGUUGGAUGAUGGGUUGUGUAGCUAUAGAAUACGUGGUUUCCUUUAGUUCUCAGGAUGACAAUUUUAAAGUGAAUAAUCUGAUAAAUAAUACAGACUACAAGAAAUGGCUGACCAAUCCAUCCGACAGAUCCGGCCAAUGUCAAAUCACACUCCAGUUAAAAAGACCAGUGGUCAUUUCAUACUUAGACUUAGGGACAAUUUGGUGUGCCACGGUACAAAUCCAGGUCGGGCGGUCAGAAUGGCCCCAGGAUCGAGAGUUUCUGUCCCUUGUCCCCACGUCUAGCGUGAUGACCCCCCAGGAGUGCAGAACAGAAUCCAGCUUCAUCAAAACCCGCAUGUUUGGUCCAGCUGACUUUUCAUCAGACAUUGUCAAGCAGAAAUGGGACAGAGUGAGGAUCAUUGGUCGUCAGCCAUUCAGAAGAAACAUACAGAUGGGUCUGUCCUUUGUUCGUAUUAAGAUUCCAGAUAGUGGUGGAUCUAGUUCUGAGAAAGUCAACACUCCCAAGUCUGUCAAGUCUAUCCAAAAACACUUCUUUGGGAAAUUAUCAUCCAGUGACGGGAAAACCAGUGAACUGAAAUCAAAGUUGAUGAAAAUUUCUGGAUCAGGAGAAGAUGGGAUUGAACAGGAACAUUGCCUGAACAGAAACGCCAAACUGGUUCUGGCUGCAACAGGAAGUGUGGACCGUUCCUCAGUCCCGCCCCCGAUAGCAUCACCUGAGGGGAGGUCCAAAUUCUACUCCAUGCGCAUCGCUCAGCAAACAUCUCCCAAGUUAGAGGAAGAAGCAUUGUCAUUUUUAAAUAGCAUUGAAUUCAAAAAAGAAGACCUGGAUAAAAUCACCAUAGCAGAUAUUAGACACAAGUUUGAGAAAAGAAUAAAACGAAAGUUAACAUCAGAAGAGAAGAAGACAUUUAUGAAGCUAUGCAGUGACUAUAUCUGUGAAAUUUUCAUGACAUCUGUGAACCUCAACACAAAGUGUUCCAGCUCCUGUAACGGAGGUCCUUUUGUAGAGAAAGACGUGAAUAGCAUGAAUCAGAAACGUGAUAGUUCAUCAGUUCACGAGAGUCCCAGGACAGCUGGACCAGCUCACGAUAGUCCCAAGAUGAGGCAAAGUUCUUUUGCAAGCAAAUGUUUUACCAAACAAGCAAUGAACUCUCUACCGACUCCUUCAACAGAGGACCAAUGGCUGAACACCUCAACUCACGCUAGCAACGGAAAGCGAAAACGACAGUCAGAUGGAACACAAAUGGGGGAAAGAUUGAACAGAGGAGCUAAGCGUCAACUGCUGGAAGAGGAAGAGAGGAGAUGGCUAGGGAUGGAGAGGGUGGAGACAGGGAGGGUGUCUACUGCUGUCAGUCCCAGGUCCCGGCUAGGGUUGGAGGGGGUGGAGACAGGGAGUGUAUCCAAUGGUGUCAGUCCCAGAGAAGGAACCAGUGGAAAAAAAACAGGAAAAGAGAGGACAAAUAAAGCUAAAUUACCAACAGCUGACGCAAAACACAAACCUUCACAUAAAGCCUCACUGAGUGGUGGAAGGGAUGAAUUUGAGGAAUACAGCCUGGAUUCACCGACAUCCUUUGUGGAGUGCCCGAUGUGUGGAGACAUGUUCCCACAGGAAUCCAUUGAGGUCCACGCUGCGGUGUGUGUGGAUAUGUCCUCCGCUGUGUAUUGACAAUGCUUAGACUCGCACGAGACAUGUAGAGUGAUUGUUGGAGAUGUCCUCCGCUGUGUAUUGACAAUGCUUAGACUCGAACGAGACAUGUAGAGUGAUUGUUGGAGAUGUCCUUUACUGUGUAUUGACAAUGCUUAGACUCGCACGAGACAUCUAGAGUGAUUGUUGGAGAUGUCCUUUACUGUUUAUUGAUGAUUCUUGAACUCGUAUAAGAAAUCUAGAGUGGUCGCUCAGCCUCUGACUUUGUGAAUUUUACAGCUGACAAUUUCCGUGACAACUUUCAUUAAGUGGAGUCAACUGUUGUUUUGUUUUGUGUGUAUUUUAUUUUGCAAAAGGGUUUGAUGUCAUUUCAUUCAUCGUAGUAAAUAUUUUCCUAAACUGGGAAUUUACUAGUCUGUUAUUAAAUAAACAUACCCAAAAAAACAUA